GGACUUCAAUCUGGACUAAGUUCCUCUACUUGGACAAGCAAGACGACGCAAUUAUCUCACCUCCACCGCUCCCUCAAUCUGUCUUCCGUCAAGCCCAACACACACUUCCCGCGAAGCAACCACACGCCAUGGCACCCCUCAGCCACCCCAUCAUAACCCUAGAGGAAGCCUUCCUCUCCCCCCACGUUCCCUCCUUCUACGCCGCCCAGAACCACCCCGAUCCCCACGCCGAAUCCGGCCUCACAGGCUUUGCAACCCCCUCCCUCUUCGAAUUCGGCGCCCAACGCCUCUCCUCCAUGAACGACAACGGCAUCUCCCUGCAAAUAGUCUCGCACGUGCCGAGCCCGUUGCCCUUGGACGUCCGCACCGCCGCUGCCGUAAACGACGACGUCGCCGCGAAAAUCGCCGCGAAUCCCGCAGGCCGCUUUGCCGCGUUUGCCACACUACCGAUGAGGUACCCCGAAGACGCCGCGAAGGAGCUGCGUAGAUGCGUGAGAGAAUUAGGUUUUGUCGGCGCACUGAUCGACUCCAACUGCGGCGGGCGAUUCUACGACGACUCCACCUUCUUCCCCGUGUUCGCGGCCGCCGCAGAUUUGGACGUGCCAAUCUACAUCCACCCCUGCCCCAACGAAGCCGUCAAGCAACUCCUCUACGCGGGAAACUACUCCGCCGACAUCGCGACCUCACUGAGCGAGUACGCAUGGGGCUGGCACAACGACGCCGCCGUCUCCUUCCUGCGCCUGUUCGCCUGCGGCAUCUUCGACCGGCUGCCCGCCCUGAAAAUCGUGCUCGGCCACUGCGGCGAAAUGAUUCCGUUCCAGAUGGAGCGGACCGCAAAUGUGAUUGAGCGGCAGUGGCCGCACAUCGGGGGAGACCACAGCCGCACGUUUCGGGCUGUGUGGAAUGAGAAUGUGUGGGUUACGACGAGUGGGUUUUUCGACACGGGGAACAUGGCGUGUGUGCUGCGGCAGUGUAGGCCGGAUAGAGUUAUGUUCAGCGUGGACUAUCCGUUUGGGAAGAACGAGGCGGGCGUUGCGUUUUUGAACAAGUUGCUGGAGGAGGGGUUGGUGGAUGAGGAGGGACUGGAGAGGAUUGCAUGGAAGAAUGCGGAGGGCUUAUUGAGGGUUAAGGUGGAGACGUGGUGA